AUGUCAAGAAGUCUGUGGCUUCUGUGUACUAUUCUGUCAUACUUCGUCUCACUCAGUAAUGCAACUCAGCAGCGGCAGCAACAACCAUUGCAGUCUGCUAUAGAUGCCGCGCCCAAGCGGGUGGCUGUCAUCGGAGCUGGCGCUGGGGGCUCUUUUGCUGCAUAUGAGCUGCGUAAGCUUGCCGAUCAAGCUGGGGUCCCAAUUAACAUCACCGUCUUCGAGCGCGCCUCAUAUAUUGGCGGACGCUCGACAACAGUGGACGUUUUCGACAAUCCCGCAUACCCAAUCGAGUUGGGAGCUUCCAUAUUUGUCCAAAUCAACCACAAUCUAGUAAACGCUUCACGCGACCUGGGGCUUACAGUACGCAAUGCAGAUCAUGCACGUCCCAGAGAGACCGAUGAUUCCAUCGGUAUCUGGGAUGGCGAGCAAUUUGUGUUCACCCUCAAGAAUACGUAUAGCUGGUGGAACAUCGGCCGCUUAUUCUGGCGCUAUGGGCUGGCCCCGUUGCGUACCCAGAAUGCGAUGAAGGCCGUAGUUGGUAGGUUCCUUCGUCUAUACGAGGAGCCGCUUUUCCCGUUCAAGUCGUUAUCUGAGGCCGCCGAGGCCGUUGAAUUACUCAAUGCUACUCGUUCUACGGGAGAGGAGUUCCUCAAAUGGAACCAGAUAGACCCGCGAUUUUCGCGAGAGAUCAUCCAGGCAAGCACACGGGUGAACUAUGGUCAAAACCUACCGCUGAUUCAUGGACUGGAGUCGAUGGUCUGCAUGGCCACCGAUGGAGCUGUUUCAAUUGAUGGUGGUAACUGGCAGAUUUUUGACGGUGCUCUCAAAGCUUCGCAGGCCGAUAUCAAGUUGAACACGACCGUUACCGAGAUCGUGCGGACAGAUGAUGCUGUUUUACACAUAAUUUCACAUCCCAGCGAUGAACUCGAAUUUUCACAGCCCAUUGAAAAAAAUGAGUUUGAUGAAGUGGUGAUUGCUGGCCCCUUGCAAUACUCGGGAAUGUCUAUCUCGCCGCCUCUAGACCGCAUCCCAGACGAGAUUCCAUUCGUGAAAUUACAUGUCACACUCCUGUCUUCUCCGCACCGACUAUCGCCGAGGUUCUUCGGGCUCGAGGGCCGGAAUGUCCGUGCUCCAGAAACCGUGUUAACUACUCUUCCAGAAGGGUUCGAUAUUGGGCAGAAUCCCCACGGGGUUGGACCCGCUGAAUUUUGGAGUAUUAGCACUCUUCGGACUGUUAAGCACACCGUUGAGAGAGACGGCGAACAACAUGAGGAGGAGCACUAUGUGUACAAGAUCUUUUCUCCCGAGCGACCGACAGCUAAGUUCGUGGCGGAAAUGUUGGGUAUUGAGUACUCCGACGGCGCCGGAUCCGUAGUCGUGCCACAGGGAAACACGAGCAUUGAAGACCUCCCCAAGAGUGAGAUCAGCUGGUUCCACGAAAAAUUAUGGCACCCUUAUCCUCUCUUGUACCCUCGGGUGACAUUUGAGGAGACCCACCUGGCUCCAGGCGUCUGGUACACCAGUGGGAUCGAGAGUUUCAUCUCGACGAUGGAGACCAGUGCGUUGAUGGGCCGGAAUGUGGCCGCGCUGAUGGUGCAGUCGUGGCAGAAACAAAAGGAGCAAAUGAGCAACGAUGGUCUUUCAACGGCCUCAAGCUCGAAGCUGGAGCUCUGA